AUGGGUACUGCUAAGAAGGAGCAGCAAAGAAGGAUCCGUGAGGGUAACACAAAAGAUGGUAACCUCAGGGUCAAAGGUGAGAACUUCUACCGUGAUGGCAAGCGGGUGAAGUUCUUGAACAUGUAUAAGGGCGGCAAGUCCAUUCGCAAUGCGAAGGGUGACCUGAUCCGCGCUGCGCCGCUCCAAAGCACCGAUGUGCCAACGGCGCGCGUGCAGCCUGACCGGCGUUGGUUUGGUAACACGCGUGUGAUCUCGCAGGACGCGCUCCAGCACUUCCGCGAUGCACUAGGCGACAAGAAGAACGAUUCCUACCAGGUGCUGCUUCGGCGCAACAAGCUGCCGAUGUCGUUGCUGGAGGAGAAAGACACUUCGGAGUCGCCGACUGCGAAAAUAAUUGACACAGAGCCUUACGGCGCCACCUUCGGACCGAAGGCGCAGCGCAAGAAGCCGCGUGUGGCAGCAGCUUCGUUGGAGGAUCUGGCGAAGGCCACUGACAGCGAUUCGCAGAAGUAUGAGGAGAAGAAGGAACUCGAUAGCACCCUCGGUCUCAUGGCAGCGACAGAACAAGAGGAUGGCUGGUCGCAGGUCGCCAAGGAGGCCAUUUUCCACAAGGGCCAGUCGAAACGUAUCUGGAACGAGCUCUACAAGGUUAUCGAUUCGUCUGACGUGGUGAUCCACGUCCUGGACGCCCGUGAUCCGCUUGGUACCAGAUGCAAAUCCGUGGAGGAAUAUAUGAAGAAAGAGACGCCGCACAAGCACCUGAUCUACGUGCUCAACAAGUGUGACCUUGUGCCUACAUGGCUAGCUGCUGCAUGGGUAAAACACCUCUCGAAGGACCGUCCCACGCUGGCAUUCCAUGCCUCCAUUACUAACUCGUUCGGUAAGGGGUCGCUGAUCCAGCUGCUGCGCCAGUUCUCGCAGCUGCACAAGGACCGCCAGCAGAUAUCCGUCGGCUUCAUCGGCUACCCCAACACCGGCAAGUCUUCCAUCAUCAAUACCCUGCGGAAGAAGAAGGUGUGCCAGGUCGCGCCCAUCCCAGGUGAGACCAAGGUCUGGCAGUACAUCACCUUGAUGAAGCGCAUCUUCCUCAUCGACUGCCCCGGCAUCGUCCCCCCCUCCGCCAAAGACACCGAGGAGGACAUUCUCUUCCGCGGUGUUGUGCGCGUCGAGCACGUCUCCCACCCCGAGCAGUACAUCCCGGCCGUUCUGCGCCGCUGCAAGCGCCAUCACCUUGAGCGCACCUACGAGAUUUCCGGCUGGGCGGAUGCCACGGAGUUCAUUGAGAUGCUGGCGCGCAAGCAGGGCCGUCUGCUGAAGGGUGGCGAGCCAGACGAGACGGGUGUUGCCAAGCAGGUGCUAAAUGACUUCAACCGCGGCAAGAUUCCGUGGUUUGUCUCGCCUCCGGACCGUGAUCCGCAGCCGGAAACAUCCAAGCGCCCGGCAGAUUCCGAGCCUGAAACUGCACAGGAAGCCCCAGAACCGCCUGCCAAUAAGCGCCUGCGAGUAUAA